AUGCCUCUGCAGCUGGCUUCGGAGGCUCCUCGGAACGCCUCGCUUCUGCCAGAUUUGACCGAGACACCAUCGUGUCCCUCGUGUCCAUCAUCACCAGGACCGGGGCUCGUCUCGCCCCCGUCGACCGGGUCUCUCGGAGAUUCCCCCGAGCCCCAGUCGGCAAACAGUCCGCAGCUACCUCAGAACUCGAAUUCGAAAAGCUUCAACAAGCGGAAAAACUUUCAGCCGAAGAGCAUACAGCAGGACGAAGUUGCGUCUACUACAGUCACUGAUGCCCCGCUGGACCUGAGCGGAGAGCCAUCGAAACGAACGAUGCCUCCCACGGAAUCCGAGAUUCCAACGAGCGUAUUCAAAGAUUAUGCCGAGAACGCAGUGAAAGAGUUUCUGGCCAUGUACGGCUUCAAUGAUGCCGCAGAAGGAAUUCUGAAGCAUUUGCCCAACACGCCGUUCCCCCCAGGUAAACUUCUCGAGAUGAUGUCAUCGUUCCCGGGAGCCGUUCAACAGCAACCGAAUACUUUCUUCGGUGCGAAUGCCACGAACGGCUUCGCUCCUGCGGGAGGGAACUCCAGGGAGGAAUCGUCCAUGGGCGCUAAUGUGGGAGGUGUAUCAGCGCCUCUGAGUCCUGCUUCGUCGUCGUCCUGCUCAUCGCUCCAGGAGCAUCAGCUACGAACUAACGGCCUGCAGACGUCCUCGACCUCGCCGUACCCCCAGUCGCCCGACAGGAUCCGGGACGCCUUUCUCGCGAAUAGGCUCUCGCACCAGAUGUUUCCACCAUCGAUGUGUCUGACAUCGAAUUUGGCAUCAUCUUCUUCUAUGAUGACACCUCCUCCCCAGAAAGGAUCCACGUCGUUCGGGGCGGCGAGCAGCCUCCUGAUAACGCCCCCGGCGACCUUAAGCAAACCAACGAACGCCAAUACAGCCAAAGACGGGAAGAACGCUGCCUUGGAUUAUUCCCGUUACAUCCGUCGGUAUCCUAGCUCGAAGCACUGCGGCAAUAAUUACUGCAAGGAUCUCAACUACAGGGAGCAUUACCACUGUCUGGAUUGCAAUUUCCGGGUAUUCGUGAAAAAAGAAGAGAUGAUCCGCCACUUCAAAUGGCAUAAAAAACGCGACGAGAGCCUCACGCACGGGUUCCUCCGCUAUUCUCCAUCGGACGAUUGCUCGAUCAAGUUUCCGGACUGCGUUCACAACCGGAAACAGACCCAUUACCACUGCAUGCACGACAAGUGCGAUAAAUGCUAUAUCUCUACUUCCGACGUCCAAAUGCACUCGAACUACCACAAGAAAGACAUCGCCAUCAUUCAGGAAGGAUUCCAGCGGUUCCGAGCAACCGAGGAUUGUGAAACGCCGGCUUGCCAGUUCUACAAUCAACGCACAACGCACUUCCACUGCAUUCGGGACAACUGUUCGACAACAUUCAAGAACAAGGCCGACAUCGAGAAGCAUAAAACCUAUCACAUCAAAGACGAGCAGCUCGCAAAAGACGGCUUCCGGAAAUUCAUGAAGCAUGAGCCUUGUGUCUUCGCAGGCUGCCGUUUCAACUUGACCUGUAACCACAUCCACUGCAUUCGGCCUGGAUGCAAUUUCGUGCUUCAGAGCUCGGGACAACUAUAUUCGCACAAGCGGAAGCAUGAACGCCAGGACAACGAGCUCGCUUACAGGAAAAUGAAAUUGGCUCAGAGCAUGCUACCACCGAACGAGGCUUCUUCGAUGCUGUCGAUGUCGGCAUCAGCCGAUGCGAAACCCGAGUCUCCCCUGAGCAAUUCGGCUUCGAACAGCAUCCUGCCCUCGAGCUCGAGUAAUGGUAACGGAUCCUUCGGCACCGACAACAAUUCCGGCAGGAACAUGGGAUUCGCGAACCAUCCGCCGAUGUUCAACACAACUCCUUCGAUCAACUUCUUGGACGAUGAGGAGCGUCUUCCGAUCCUCGCCGACGAAGACACCUGGACUCGAUACAUGAAUCGCUAUCCGGUCGGCGAUGUCUGCAAGUCGGAUUGCGACCUAAUGUACCGCGAGCAUUACCACUGUAUAACAGAUAAUUGCACAGCCAUUAUCUCGGCCGGACCCAGCGGUGAGUCUCGUGAAGCGAACGAACACGCCGCCAGUCACGAGUAUCAAGAUCGGAUCACCCAGUCGUUUUUCCAUACGGUUGGUAAAAGUAUCGAAGCGGACUGCACGAAAGACUGUCCCUACUAUUUACGGGAGAAACAUUACCACUGUCUUUGGCCCGAAUGUGGGGACAUCCUCAGCAGCAGUGAAGCACCCUUUAAGCGGCUGGAGCACUUCAAGUUCCACGACAUUAAUGACAAAAACUCAAAACCCACCAAAGAAGAACUUCUCGCACGCACUCCCUGCGCGACCGAUUCCAUGAAUUUCCCGAAGAAACGCGGGAGACCAGCCAAGCUGGACUCACCGAAGACUCCCGUUCCUACGUCGUUAGCUGUCGCGCUCAACGCCUCCGCGGCGUCCGUUACUCCUCUGAGCGGUCAGCUGACGUAUAAAACGCUGAAGAUGCUCUCCGAGAGUAGAGACGGAUUCAAAUUGAGCGGGAACGAGUCGCUUCCCGACGAAUCGUUCGAAGGAUUCGAUGUCUUCCAGGACGGCGCUCAAUGCCAUGACGACUUGUGUUCGUUUUCCGGCAAACGGCAUUUCCAUUGCAACGUCGAACGAUGCUUCUACGCGACGAAUCGCGACGACAUUCUCGACCUCCAUUCCGGUUUCCACCAAAAUAUCGACAUCAGCGAGAAUUAUGAGGUCUACGACAGCAGCAUCGACUGCCGACGAGCUCGCUGCGAGAGCAACCGGAAGAUUCGUCAUUUCCACUGCACCCGCAGCGGCUGCGAUCAGUCGUUUGUGCGGAUGUCGGCCGUGAGCGCUCACGACGCGACUCACGAGACGCUUGCGACUCCGGUCAAAAGCGAACCGAUGGCGGCGAAUCUGUCGUCGCCCGAAGACCAAAGAAACGCCAACUCGAGCCCUCUAUCGAAGAAGACUUCAGACGGCGAGGACUCGCCUCCGGCAGGCUCCGCGGGCCUCAAAGCGAAGUCGUCCGGGAUUUUCUCCCCGUUGCCGAAAGAGGAGGCGCCGUCUCCUCUGCCCAAGGAACAUUCCGCACAAUCUCUGCAACAGCAUUUCAGCGGCCUUCUACGAUCGCCCAGCGAAGCUUCGUCGGACUCGCCGGGAAAUCUGUUGAGUCCAGCCCGGUUUCCAGCUCUCCUCUGGGGUUUGGGCUCUCCGCAAAGCUACAUGCCAGGCAUGCUUUCACUGAGUGAUCUCCAGCAACCGAACGCGUUCCCUCUCGAGCUUCAGCAACAGUUGGCCGCUCAGCCACUCGCGAAUCCCGAGUUCCUCUACGGCACGGCGGGCUCCGCGGCUCUCGGCGGGGACAAGCGAAGUUUUCCGUUCGCUGGCUCAGCGAGUCCUCCCGGAGUCUCGAAGAGACCUCGCACGUCCAACUCAACGUCCACGUCUUCGUCCUCAUCUUCGUCGACGACGACCGCGACGGGAACGACGAAAUCAGAAGAACCCGUUCCUGAAGGAUAUCUCAAGUUCCGCUUUAAUGAAGACUGCGGCUUCGCGUCGUGUAGCUACCGCGAGCACCAAACGCACUUCCACUGCACGCGGCUGAAUUGCAACUAUUCGUUCUGCGACAAGACUCGCUUUUCGCAACAUUCUGCGCGCCACGAGCGUACCGACAGCGUGAUGGGGGACGAAUUUCAGCAAUACCGAGCGAAUCUCUCGUGUGGCCGAGCGGAUUGCGCGUUCAACGCGGCAAAUCCCAGCAACACGGCCAAAGCGUCACACUAUCACUGUACGAAGUGCGACUUCGUCUGCGCCGAUACGAACAAAGUGGCGGCUCAUCGGAAACGUCACGCUAAACUUGAGUCUGUGACGUCACCGGGGUUCGCACCGGUCUCCAAAUGA